AUGCCCUCUGGAUCCCGAAAUGUACAAAGAGUCUGCGUUCUACUAUCGUGCACCUUUCUCGGUUUAAUCUGCGGCACGCUAUAUUUGUACUCGUCAUAUAGUCCACAGCUAGCGAAGCAACUUUCGUAUACAGUCUCGGACCUGUCGCUUAUUGCACUAUGUGGUACAGUUGGAAUGGCAGUCGCGGGCCCAGUAUCGGGGGCAGUCGUCGACAAGAAGGGCUACACUGUGUCGAUUUUGAUUGGAGGGUUGUUGAUCAUCUCGGGGUACAUUGGCUUGAAGUACCAAUUUGACCAAGCAUGGAGCAAAUUGCAAGUGUCCUGCUAUUGGAUCUUUUCCAUAGGACUAGGCUCGACUUUUAUCAACUCGGCUUGCCUUAAAUGCUGUGCUGUCAGCUUUCCCAGCAUACGUGGUGUGGCGACGUCAUUACCGUUGGCAUUGUACGGGCUAAGUGCCUUGUUUUAUUCCGUUAUUGCGUCCACUUUUUACCCCGGCAAAACGUCGGACUUUUUGGAGUUCUUGGCCAGGUCAAUCGUGAUUAUAUACGUUGUGUGUUUUCCCAGUGUCUAUUUGGCUGACAAGGAGCACAAGUUGAAAAGAGCCACCAGCUUCCAGAGCAAACAGCGACUGUUGCUGCUGCCGGACGACCCCGAGCCCAUCCAUAACGAGCAACGCGGAUAUUUAUUCAUGGACUACAAGUUUUGGCUCCUUUUCCUCAUCACGGGGUUUCUAGCUGCACUUGGCCAAAUGUACAUCUACUCAGUUGGCUACAUGGUCAAAGCUUUGGUCUUGGCCAACAGUGCUUCACUUGAUGAAACUUUGUUGCAACAACUGUCGCAGAGCCAAAUUAGCCACUCUAGCCAAAUCGAGUUGGUGGUGCAACAAGAGCAACAGUUGCAAGUCGGGCUCAUAUCGAUUGCAAACUGUCUUGGCAGAAUCUCAUCGGGUGUCUUGGGCGACAUCAUCACUCAAUCGUUUGGCAAGCCUCGGUCGUGGCUACUUGUUAUCCCAGCGAUAGGCACAAGCUUCUGUCAAAUACUCAGCUCUGCAGUAGAAAAUUAUGCAAGGCUACCGGGCAGCUCUUUUCUCGUUGGCUACUUCUACGGUUUCACCUUUUGCCUAAUGCCAAUUAUAGUAGGUGACGUCUUUGGCAUGGAGAAUUUUUCAUUCAACUGGGGGAUGGUGAGCAUGGCUCCAAUUAUACCGAGCUACUACUUCACCAGCUUAUUUGGCGAAAUUUACGAUGCAAACUCAAAAGGUGAUUCAAAACUCACUACCACCACCGGCUCUCUUGAGGCGUCCAAGCCUGCUGCAGCACAAUUGAGUGUGGGCUGCUUCUUGGGGAACCGGUGCUACAACUCCAUAUUCACCUUGACUUUCAGCGUGGGGCUAGUCGCGUGCGUUCUUGUAGUAAUCCUCAACGUUGCAGACUUGAUGUUCAAGAAGCGAAACCGCAAGUUGCUUUCGUUGCUGGAGAUACGAGCUGACAAUUUCCAUCCAGAAAAGCCAAAGUAG